AUGACACCGACCUCGACAUCCACCAUCGGCACUUCCACAGCGCCACCACCCGUACCCGCCCUCCCUUCCUCUCUCGCCUCAACAGUCAACCAAAACGCCUCGGCAUACAGCCGUCCAAUGGGUACCAUGGGCGGCAUCGGCGCCUCGCCCUACGGAGGCGGAUAUGGAGGCGGCUACGGAAGUGCAUAUUCGUCACCCUACUCUCGUUAUGGAGGCAUGGGCAGCUACGGAGGCGGAAUGUACGGUGGCAUGGGUGGCAUGGGUGGCAUGGGCGGCAUGGGCGGUUAUGGCGGAGGCAUGUACGGCGGCGGCAUGUACGGCGGUAUGGGCGGCGGCAUGGGCGGCGGCAUGGGCAUGAACGAUCCCAACAGCUUGACCAACCGCUUCAACAAUGGUACCGCCGCCACCUUCCAGAUGCUCGAGGGUAUUGUUGGGGCCUUUGGCGGUUUCGCACAGAUGCUUGAAAGCACCUACAUGGCUACACAUUCUAGUUUCUUUGCUAUGGUUUCCGUCGCCGAACAAUUUGGCAACCUCCGCGACACACUCGGCUCCAUCCUCGGCAUCUUCACCCUCAUGCGUUGGAUACGUACCCUCCUCGCCAAAAUUACCGGCCGGCCCCCGCCCGCAGACGCCACCGCUCUGACACCCGCCGCCUUUGCCCGAUUCGAAGGCCGGCCCGGCCCUGACGGCGCGCCUGGCAGCGCCCCCCGCGCCAGCAAGAAACCCCUGCUCUUCUUCCUCCUCGCCGCCUUUGGCCUGCCCUACCUCAUGUCCAAGGUGAUCCGCUCCGUCGCCGCCAACGCCGAGGAGGAGGAGCGCCGCAUGCAAGAGCAGGCCCUCGCCGCCCAGCAACCCAUCGACCCCUCCAAGCUCGAGUUUUGCCGCUUGCUCUUUGACUUUGCACCCCAGACCAACAACGGCAUGGAGCUCGACGCAAAAAAAGGCGACCUCGUGGCUGUCCUCACCAAGAGCGACCCAGCCGGCCAGCCUAGCGAGUGGUGGCAGUGCCGCGCCCGCGACGGCCGCCAGGGUUACCUCCCGUCCACCUACCUCGAAGUCCUCAAACGCCCCGGCCAGGACGUUAAACAAAUCAAGGCCGUCGUCGACAGCACCCGCACAAAUUCCCUGACCAGCGCCUCGGAAGAGGGCAAGAAGGACUAUGUCACUGCCGGCGGCAUGCAAAGGGGGCACUUUUACUCCUAA